AUGGCUAGCUCGUCGGAGGAUCUUAAGGAAAUAAUUAAUUUGAAGGAUGCCUUCAAUAUGAGCCUUCUAAACAGGGAUAAUACCUUACAAAUUAAUAAUGAGAAGGAUGACGAGUGUUUUCCUCAUGCGAUUCUGAUGGACCGCAAGAGCAUCGACCUGUUUAAUAUGGAUUUGACAAAGUACCAAAAAAGCGAGUACCAAAGAAUUUUUAAUUUGAACUCACGGCGACUUACUGACGAACCCAAAUUCACCUCUGAACCUUCGGCGAAUGAAAAAUCAUUGGUAUGA